AUGUCUCAAGCUACUUCAACACGAAGUCGCGAAAAGGCUCCGGUCGGCGGACCCCUUGAUGGCUGGACUAUCACUAAUCCACAUGGCUACAUUAUCGCUGGCUGGUCUUGCUCCCGGGCACUCAAGAGCUUUGAGAUAAAAUAUCAGAUGCCCGACGAUAAGAAUCGACGGACUGAGGCCGAUGAUGCCAACUACCGUUGCCGCACCAUCAAUCCAAGCUUGGCCGACAACUGUCAGCGCUGCGGCGCUCGGUUCGACGUAGGCGUAGAGGCCUUGGAUAAGGAUGGGAAGGUGAUUGCAACGGUUAAGAUGAUCACAGAGAGGGAUGACCACUACUGGCGGUACUCGGAGGAUUACCCAAGCUACAAUCCUAAUCUCACAUGGAACCACCAUUCGACUGAUUGGUGCCGAGAUGAGAAGAUGAAGCAGGGAAGAUAG